AUACUUCCGCAAAGGAUGUAAAUGAGCGGUAUCAAUGAACACGAUUGGACUUGAUUGCUCGAGUAGGAUGGACUAAGAGACAAGUGAAAGCUUGAUGUCGCCAAGGAGUAGGAUGAUGAUGAUGUUGAUGAUGUUCUGUUCCUUCCUCUCACCAACAGCGAACUUGCCCAGCCUUAUAUGCAUCCAACCUCCGUCUCAGACCGGGCAGGUAUGCAGCCCAUCUGCAGGACGGGGAACAUCACAGUUGGAAAACUCAGCACUACAGCAAAAAGAAAACAAACACGGCAUCCAUGCUGUAAGCUGUAAGCCUGCAGGGCCGGGUGAGCCCCAGAGCCUCCGACUCUUCGCUCUUCCAAAUUUCUCGCUCGAAUGGGUGCGUUGAAGCGAAUAUCGAAACCAACAACGAAAGGCACAACGUUGGU